GUUUUCCCUCAAGAGAGGAUGUGCGAGGUUCAGUUACUGCAGCACCGUGGGAGUACUUCAGUCUGAGGCACAACGGAGAUAUGAUGCAUUACAGUCUGGGGUGAAAGCGUGCACGGAACCAGGGUUGAUGAUAUCGGAGUAGCGGAUCAGAUCUCUAAUUUGCUGGAGGAGCUUGAACUUUUUUGGGUGAUGAGGGAAAGCCUCGAGGCGGGUUCACACUCUCGGUGCAAAAAAGAUCAAGAUGAGAGCUUGCUGGAUGUUCAUGAUCCUCCUGAGCUGCAGGUUAUCUCACGCCACUAAGGAAAAGUGCACCUGCAACGAACGGAAAAUUGUCUGCGUAGCUGCCGGAGACGACGUGCUCGUGCCCUGCCCGAAUUUGACCGGCGAAGAAGUGACAUAUUACCUUCUCAAGGAUGAUAAAGUGAUUUACAACCACACGUGCUUCCGUGAGAAACAUAGCAACUGUAAGCCGCGACACACCGUGUUGGGCGUGGAGCUGCGUGACAGUUUCAUGCUCACUGGAGUGAAUGUCAGUAGCUCUGGCAUCUACAAUUGUGAGGUCAGAGUCAUGUACCCUCCUCCCUUCUUAAAAGCAUGUUCUUCGUGCACCCAGGUACAGGUAGAAGAACAUCAAUGCAAGUUAGAUAAAGUCACCGAGAAGCCUGAAACAGACGACGAGAAGCCUGAAACAGUUGGAAAUCAGAAAAGUGAAUUUCUCUGGCUUUGGAUUCUGGCGCUUGUGCUUCUUGGCGUCUACGGCGUAACUGUCACCAUCAUUGCCGCCGUCAUCUGGGUCAAGUGGAGGGGGGCGGAUUCCCAGAGUGACUACAUGAACACCAAACCCAAAGCGUCCAGGGACCGCAAGAAGAAACGAGGGGUUCAAAUUCCUAUACCGCGUCACUUCUGAUCACACCGUGUGCAUCACUUCACCAUUUGCACAGCCAUCCCAAACACAGGGCGGUGUCCUUGUAGUAGCUUGCCCUGAAUAGAACAUCGCGACUGAGGUUUUGUUGAGUCCGUUCUGUUGUCAGUACUAGUUUGUUUUGUGUCUACACAGCGAAAGUAGCAGUCUUCCUUUGACAGUUGUGGUUGUAUAAAACAAUAAAAAAAACAUCACGCACCCAA